AUGCCGUUGCAAGCUGUUAUGAUAGUCGUUGAUAACAGCGAAAGCAGCCGCAAUGGAGAUUACCAACCCUCUCGAUUCGAUGCCCAGGCCGAUGCGAUAAAUAUCAUGUUCGAGAGCAUCACCCAGUCUAACCCUGAAUCCUCCGUCGGCCUGAUGAGCAUGGGUGGCAAGGGACCUGAGGUUCUGUCCACGUUGACGACAGAACGAGGCAAGCUGCUCGAAGGUCUUCACCGUACGAAGAAGAAGAUCUCGGGCUCGUCCCACCUUGCAACCGGAAUCCAGAUCGCUAGUCUAGCAUUGAAGCACCGACAAAACAAAUCCCAACGCCAGCGCAUCAUCGUCUUUGUGUGCUCGCCCGUAGCCGACGACGAGAAAAAGCUGGUAUCUCUUGCUAAGAAGAUGAAGAAGGGCAACAUCGAUAUCGACUUUGUUCUAUUUGGUGAUCUUGACGAUGAUGACGUACAGAAGAAGCUAGAAGCUUUUAACAAUACGGUUAAAACCAACGAGAACUCGCAUCUUGUCGUUAUCCCUCCUAGCGGCAAGCUUCUAAGCGACCAGCUGAUAACUACCCCCAUCCUGCUCGGAGAAGGAGCUGCUGGUGGUUCAGGUGGCAUGGCCGAGGGUGGUGGCGACUUUGGCGAUUUCGACUUCGACCCCAGCGCCGACCCCGAACUAGCUCUUGCUCUACGCAUGAGUAUGGAAGAGGAGAAUGCGAGACAAGCCAAACAGGCCAAGGAUGAGGCAGAUGCUGCAAACAAGACGAGUCUAGAGGGGAUAGAGGAGGAGGGUGAGAACCAGCCUCUACUAAACGAACACGGUGAGCCUAGCGGAAGCGGAUCUGCCGACAAGAAGAGCUCUAAGAAAGACGACGACGACAAGAUGGACACGUCAUAG